GACGAUUAAGAAUACGGGCUCUAGUCAAACCCUUUAAGCGAGCGAGCGAGCAGGUGUUGCAAUGGGGCGCAGGCGAGGUGAGGCGGAGGUGAGCUGCACACCUCUCAUUUCGCUGCCUGCCCUACCUGCCGACAUGCUGCUCAGACUGGUGAUCGUGGCGGUGGCUGCUUCGUCAGUGGUGUUGGCGGUCCCUCUCGAUGACGCAGAGUCGAGACAAAUAGAAGCGGGGGCGGGAGGAGCAACAGCAGGAGCAGGAACAACAACACCACCACCACCACCAGCGGGGAAGCCUCAGAGCAACUUUACCAUCGCCGCGGAGGACCUUGACAAGAUCGUGGAGGAGAUAAGGGACCAGCUGGGUUUGGCCGAGGCGGGAGAGGACACCGUGUUCAAUGUGCCUAGCUAUACCUCGAGCAUCGGGAAUAUCAUUUACAGCACCGGGGGGUUCGUCCUGGGAGGGCUACUGUUUUUCGUGUCCAUCUUCGACGUCACCCGGAAGCCCGUCAUCGCCUUCUUCGACCAGGUGUUCGGCGAGAGACCCGCGCGGCGCCGCAGGGACGUGAGCGAGGGCUUAGAUGCGCGGGUGGCGGCGGCUUUCCAGGUGUUCACCGCCGCCGUGGACAAGAUGAACGCGAUCCUGAUAUUAGCCAACGAGUUUAAGAAGUAAUGGCGAUGUAUUAGUGUCCGGGGGUGCUGGCCGGGCCCACGGUGUAUAAACAUUAAUAAAAUGGAUUAUAAUAAUU